AUGCGCAUUUAUAGAACAAUUGAAUGGCGAAGACAACGGCCCGUGUAUCAAACAACUUCAAUUUGCAACCAUGAUCGAUUAAAAUUCACUAUGUCAACUAAUCGUUCUCGUUUCGCUCCACCUGAUCAUCAGACUAGUCCCGAUCAUGACAAAAACUUGCCAACUGAUGUUGAUCGUGGCGAAGAUAAUCCAACUUUUUCACAUAACGAGACGAAUCUUACCGAAAUCGACACCUCUACUCCCACUGAGGAUGAUAUCUACCGAAAAGAUUCGUUCGCUUCGACUAAACCCUUUGCCGAUCACGAUGAUGAAGAUGCGUCCGACGAAGAAGUAUCUUCUACUGUUUCCAAUACAGACGACCCGACGACUUUGGUUCUGACGUUUCGAUCAUGGUUUCUCGGUCUUCUAUUCACGUGUAUACUUUCGUUUGUUAAUCAAUUUUUCUGGUACCGAACUUCUCCGCUAUUUGUCGGUACACUCGUUGCUCAAUUAUUAGCGUUUCCCUUAGCAAAAGCAAUGGCAAAAUAUCUUCCAAAACGAAAAUUUAAAAUCUACCAUUGGGAAUUCUCGUUCAAUCCCGGACCAUUUACAAUCAAAGAGCAUUGCAUCAUUACGGCUAUGGCAAAUGCUACAUGUAGUACAGCUACUGCAAUUGACGUCUUAACAAUCGAACGGUUAUUCUACAAACGAACAAUCCGUCCCAUACUUGGCAUUAUUUUCGUGAUUACAUCUCAAACUUUAGGUUAUGGAAUAGCUGGCAUUAUGAGGAAAUUUCUCGUCUGGCCAGCUGCGAUGAUUUGGCCAGCAAAUCUUGUCAACUGCGCAGUUUUUCGAACUUUACAUGAAGAUAAUAAGGAAGAUCCUACUGAAGGAUCACGGUGGAAAAUGUCUCGUCUAAAAUUUUUCUACCUCGCUACUACAUGUCAAUUUUUAUGGUAUUGGUUUCCUGGCUAUAUCUUCCCUGUUUUAUCUCUGUUCUCUUGGAUCUGUAUGUUAAAACCAGACAGUAUUAUUAUUUCACAACUUACGGGUAUCAACGGUCUUGGUAUUGGCUCAUUGGAAUUAGAUUGGAAUGCAUGGGUAUCAUUUUUAGGUUCGCCAAUUAUUGUUCCUUUCUGGGCUCAAGUUAAUAUCCUGAUAGGUUUUGUUGUAUUAGCAUGGUUUAUAACACCUUUGGCAUAUUAUACUAAUCUUUGGAAUUCCAAAGCAAUGCCAAUCGUCAGUAAUCGAGUUUUUACCAAUGAAGGCUAUUAUUAUAAUGUGUCGGCUGUACUCGAUUCAAAUUUAAAUCUAAACGAAACUGCUUAUAAAACAUAUGGUGAUCUUCGAAUACCGGUGAUGUUCGCAUUUUCAUAUGCUGUAUCAUUUGCUGCAAUUAUGGCCGUUAUCGUUCAUACGGUUCUAUAUCACGGUAAGACCAUUGUGAAACAAUUUCGAUCAUCUUUAAAAGACCAUACGAAUGAUAUCCAUGCCAAAAUGAUGUCGCGUUAUGAAGAAGCACCAGAAUGGUGGUAUACGGUUUUGUUCGUUGUUGCAUUUGUACUGGCUAUCAUCGUUUGUGAUUCUGCUGCGUUAAUGCCAUGGUAUCAUAUGUUCACUGCUGUUGCAAUUGCAUUUGUGUUCGUGUUACCGACUGGAAUUGUUCAAGCAGUUACGAAUCAAUCAAUUGGAUUGAAUGUUAUCACUGAAUUUGUUGCUGGGUUCAUCAUGCCGGGCAAGCCCAUGGCAAACGUAACAUUCAAAACUUAUGGAUAUAUCACACAGUAUCAAGCUCUGCUUCUAAUUUCUGAUCUCAAACUAGGUCAUUACAUGAAGAUUCCGCCACGAGCAAUGUUUGUCACUCAAUUAACAGGUACAAUUGUAGCUGGAAUUGUUAAUUAUACAACCGCUAUGUAUCUAAUGGAUACUAUACCAAAUAUUUGUACAUUAAAAAAUACUAUUUGGACGUGUCCAAAUGCUAAUGUAUUCUACAGUGCAUCAAUCAUAUGGGGAGCAAUUGGACCUGCCAAAAUGUUUGGUCCAGGAUCUAUCUAUUGGCCACUGCUCUUGGGUUUUGUUGUUGGUGGACUUCUUCCAAUACCAGCUUGGCUUUUGAUGAAGAAAUAUCCUAAUAUCAAAUGGCUUAAAUAUAUACAUUUUCCUAUUAUGUUAUCAGCUACGGCUGUUAUGCCACCAGCUCCACCCGGAAAUUUUCCUUCAUGGCUUAUGGUUGGUUUUCUUUUCAACUUCGUUCUAAUUCGAUGUGCACGAUCAUGGUGGAAGCGAUACGCAGGUAUUCAAUUUUCUAAAUGGUGGGGAACAGGUGGACCAACAGGAGACGGCUGUCCACUAUCGUAUGGAAAUUUUUCGGGCAUUAUUCCAACCGAUCGUUCAAAUCCAAUCAGUUAG